AGUGACUGCACAGUCACUGUCGCAUGGUGAAAGAGACAUUACGAUGACGAGGUGGUGCUAUUGAAAAUGAAUGCUCUCUGACGUGUAUGUAUGUUUAAGUAGGCUAAAGUUUACUGGAGAGGUUAAGGUUCCUGUUAACAGUUCGACUUAGACCACUUAUCGUGGUUAACGUUACUCGUUUCACUACGUUUUCCUGGAAAGAAGAACGUUUUUGGAGAGUAACGUUAGGCGAUAACUUUUGUGAACUAAGACGAUGGCGUGCAUUUUUGGAAAAACAGAGGUUCCUUUACGGUCGUUUCACCAGAUUUACAGAAUUAAAUAAAAUGAGACCAGCAAUAAUGCCACAGCCCAGAAUAAUGCUGGUGGUGACGGGAGAUGAUUUUGGCUACUGUCCCAGGAGGAACCAGGGGAUUGUGGACUGCUUCCAGGCUGGAGGCAUUUCCAAUGUGUCACUGCUGGUUAACGCCUCUGCUGCCAAAGAGGCAGCAGAUCUGGCGAAAAGGCACAACAUCCCCAUCGGCCUCCAUGCCAACCUAUCAGAGGGGAUUCCAGUGUGUCAGAGCCUACAGCAGGCCUCCACACUGAUCAACCAGCACGGCUUCUUCCACGGGAAGAUGGGCUUCCGUCAGGCCCUGGAAAGAGGUCAGCUUAGCAUGAAACAGGUGGAGCUGGAGCUGCGAGCCCAGGUCCGGCUGUUCAGGGAGCUGACAGGUCAUCUGCCCCACCACAUGGACGGACACCAACACGUCCAUGUACUGCCAAGGUCUCCUCCCAGUUGAGCAUGCCCAGAAAACCUCCAAAAGAAGGUGCCCAGGAGGCAUCCUUAUCAGAUGCCCGAAACACCUCAGCUGACUACGUUCGAUGCAAAAGAGCAGCAGCUCUACGUGGAUUUCCCUCCAGAUGUCAGAGCUCCUCAUUCUGUCUCCCAGCCACAAUACAGAGGAAGCUCAUUUCAGCCGCUUGUAUCUGCGAUCUCAUUGUUUCUGUCUCUACCCACAGCUGAUGACCUUAGUUGAGGGUUGGAACAUAGAUCAACUUCACCACACUGGUCCGCUACAACGCCCGCAUUACUACUGACACUGAACGCAUCUGCCUGUCCGUCUCACACACUAUUUUGUCAUCACUCGUGAACAAGAUCCCGAGAUCAAAACCUUACACUCCGUCAUGUGCCCAACCCUGAGGCAGCAAUCCACCGAUCUCCAUCAGAAAAUCAUGGUCUCAGAUUUGCUGACCCUCAUCCCAUCUGGGCCUGUUACGUUAAUUACAUUGUCAACUUAUCGUACGAUACAUCAACAUGACCUCGAUAUUUCUUAUUGUGUUGACAUGCGUUUUUGUUUACAUGAGAAUGAACGUCGCGACAUUUGAGCCAGUCGUGCUGCUUCUCUCUCGUCUGCUCUCUGAGUCGGAGGCGGGGCUCAGGCAGCUCCUCCACACACAAGAUAACGUGUUACGACUCUAAAAACCAAGUUUUAUUUGGUGUGUUUCCUGAAGACUGUAUAACUUCAGCCAGAAAGUUUGAAACGGCUAGAUUCCACCGGGCACAGCUGCAUCGCGUUCAGGCUGUGACCCGGCUGCUGGAGCUGAUCACGGUCAUUCUAGACAAUACUUGUGAUUCUAGCAGACUCGCUGCAGCGCGUGUUAUAAGUUCCCAGAAGUGGCCCUCUGCUCUGCAGAGAAUACAAGAAGUAAAGCUGAACAGAGCAGAUGAACCAAGCAGGAAGUCAGACAGAAAUAAUAAAAUAUAUAUAAAACAUCCUGUGCAGACUCUUACCCAUGGUAGAAGCACAAAAAUGAAGGACUUAUUACCAAAUCAAUAAAACAAGUCAGCAAAAUCAGGCAGGCAAAAAUGCUCUGCUUUUGAAAUGCUGCCUGUGGGAUAUGAAGCCAUGCAAAGGAUGGCAGAGAGCUGUGCCUCCCCUGGGAUGUGCAAGAAAUUCUGCCGGAGGUGGGAGUUGAAGAUCCCACGCACAGGGGCCUCCACCAAACACUCCCAUUAUAUUAAGUGUAUUGUGCAAAAUACAAACACCACCUGCUAGAGUUGGCCUCUGUCAUCAAGUAAAAGGCUUCUUAGCCUUGUUGCAAGCAACAGCUGGAAUACUAUUUACCUACCGUGCUCAUUCAUUGAAACUAAUACAUUCACACACACAAUUUGGGGUUCAGCAUCUUGUCCAAAUACCUUCUGAUUAGUGGAUUACCUGCUCUACCUCCUGAGUAAUGUAUGCUAGCUGCAUAAAAAGGAGUUUGUGAUCAACUUGUGUAAAAUGUUACUGUUCAAAAUUCACUAUAUUGUUGGAAAACAACACCAUGUACUGUGCACACGUUCAAAUUUACUACUAGUUUUGCAUUCAUAGUUUUCGAUGAAGUAAUGUCUAUUAACCAAUACAAGCCUGGGCUCAAAAGACAGGUGGGGUGAGAGUAUUGAUGUUGUUGUACGAUGUG